CACCUGUGUCCAACAUGAACGCGCUCCAAGUGAUUCAACGCGUUCAAGGUCGCUGACAAGUGAGCAAGCCUUCGAUGCUAUAGCAAGCGUUGAUCCUCUCGCCUUGCUCUUUCUUCGCAGCGGUGCCUCGUUGGAGCAAGCCGAACCCUGUCAGCCAGCGUCUGGUGACGUGUUUCUGGCUGAUGGGAGUCAUUCUGGUGACCACUUUCUUCACGGCAUUCAUGAAGGCCAGCUUGCUGGUGAAGCAAGAUGUUGAGAAGCUCUGGGACAUCGAGGAUCUGGCACGAGAGGAAAAGAUACGACCGGUGUUGCUGCGCGGGUCCGGAUUCUACCAGGCUAUGAAGUACACUCGCGUGAAGUCCUUCCAGAAGGUCUACCGGCGCCUGGUGGAGCAGGGCGGCGCGCUGCCAGCCGCGGAGCUGUUCAGCCUGUCGACGCUGCGAGCCAUCCAGGCCGAGCGUGCGGCCAUGCUCUUCACGCGCGUGGCCAUCAACCGGCGGCUGCACCGCUACUGCCCGAUGCUGCAGGGCGAGUUCUACUACGCCCGGCAGCCGGUAACCCAGGUGCCCAUGGCCAUGUUCGUGCGCAAGGGAAUGCCCCGGGUGGUGCGGCGCACGCUGGACGACAAGCUGGGCCAGAUGCGACAGAGUGGCCUGCUGGAAAAGUGGUUGGCCGAGAUCUCCGCUCCCGGCUGCGAGUCCGUGGCGUGGCAGGCGUCGUCAUCGGAGACGGAGGUAGAGGAGGGAGGCGAUUCGGCCAGCCUCGGACACUCUCUCGCCACCUUUCUGUUGCUCGGCCUUGGCCUGGGUGGCGCUGUCAUAGUGCUGCUCCUCGAGAACCUCGCGCACUUCCACGCUACGAGAAAGCGGCACGCGGAAGCAGUGCGCCGAGGAUGGAGAAUGGCUGCGCCGCGCCCGUAGAGGCGUCCCGCACAUAGCGACGGAACAACGUCGUAGUGACUUCGAAGCUAGUUAUAUAGAGAGAGAAAGAAGAAGAACGGGAAAGAUAACCAGAGGCAAAAUUAUUUCGCUGCAGAAAUGGCGCACGUGUACGCAUGAGAAAACGAACGAAUGACAGUAGGGCCGACAGCGCGCCAGAUGCGGUGCCACCAGCUCAGCCGUUCGCAAGGUUAUUAAAACCACCGUCAAAUGUCAGGAAACGGCACCCAACCUUCGACACCUGCGAGGGACCUGCCCCUAGCUGAAAUAGCACGCGCCGGCGCCAUUAGGGUGCGGUGCCCCAGUGGUGUAGCCAGCGAGGGGGGGAUACACCUGGCACGUGCUCCUUGCCCCCUCCCUCCAAUAUUUUAAAUGUUAGCAUGCGGUCUGCCCCACCCCCUCUCCCCUCAAUCCCCAGUCAAAUUCGUGCCUUCUAUCACUGAAAAAAAAUUGCUUAUGCCACUGCGGUGCGCUACCAAGAACUUCGAGCCGUCACCUGAGGCCACCCCAUCAAGAACUGCUGGACUAUUCUUUACUAAAGUUUCUUCUUCUUCUUCCAAGAAGUGAAUCAAUCAGUCAUCUGCGAGGCCGCGAGUCACCGUGGUCCUACGUCCUGGAAAGAAGCAUUAAGUGAAAAGUGUAGAGUACCAUCCCUAUUGAUCCUCACCAGAAUACGUCCAUGUGUCUGCCCUUGAAAUAAAUA